GUUUGGCAAAGGGAAUGAAGUGGCGCUUUUCGGCAUUUUAUAGAGUUCCGUCUUCUGAGUAGGCUAGCAAAAAGGUGCCGAUAAUAUCGCAAUGCGUGUUUUAAUUUUCACGGCUAUAGCCCUGCUAGGGCUCGCUCUCGGAGAUGAAGUGCCCACCGAAGAAAAUGUACUCGUUUUGAGUAAAGCUAACUUUGAAACUGUAAUUUCAACCACGGAGUACAUUUUAGUUGAAUUCUAUGCUCCAUGGUGCGGCCACUGCAAGUCUCUGGCGCCGGAAUACGCCAAGGCAGCCACAAAGCUGGCUGAAGAAGAAUCUCCUAUCAAACUAGCGAAAGUUGACGCAACUCAAGAACAGGAUCUCGCCGAGAGCUACGGUGUACGAGGAUACCCGACUCUCAAAUUCUUCAGGAAUGGCAGUCCUAUCGACUAUUCAGGUGGUCGUCAAGCUGAUGACAUCAUUAGUUGGCUGAAGAAGAAGACUGGCCCCCCUGCUGUUGAGGUCACCUCUGCUGAACAGGCUAAAGAACUUAUUGAUGCCAAUACUGUUAUUGUAUUUGGUUUCUUUUCGGACCAGAGCUCAGCCAGAGCCAAAACUUUCCUUUCAACUGCUCAAGUUGUUGAUGACCAAGUAUUUGCUAUUGUCAGCGAUGAGAAAGUGAUCAAGGAGUUGGAGGCUGAAGAUGAAGAUGUUGUGCUUUUCAAGAACUUCGAAGAGAAACGUGUCAAAUAUGAAGAUGAAGAAAUCACUGAGGAUCUGCUCAAUGCUUGGGUGUUUGUCCAGAGCAUGCCUACUAUCGUUGAGUUCUCGCAUGAAACUGCUUCCAAGAUCUUUGGUGGAAAGAUCAAAUACCACCUUCUUAUCUUCUUAUCCAAGAAAAAUGGCGACUUCGAGAAAUACCUUGAGGAUUUGAAGCCGGUCGCGAAGACCUACCGCGACAGGAUCAUGACCGUCGCCAUCGAUGCCGACGAAGAUGAACACCAAAGGAUCUUGGAGUUCUUCGGUAUGAAGAAGGAUGAGGUUCCGUCUGCCCGUCUGAUCGCCCUUGAACAAGACAUGGCCAAAUACAAGCCCAGCAGUAAUGAGCUGUCGCCUAACGCUAUUGAGGAAUUCGUUCAAUCGUUCUUCGACGGCACCCUGAAGCAGCAUCUGCUGAGCGAGGACCUGCCCGCGGACUGGGCCGCCAAACCCGUCAAAGUGCUCGUCGCCGCCAACUUCGACGAAGUCGUCUUCGACACAACUAAGAAGGUCCUCGUCGAAUUCUACGCUCCUUGGUGCGGCCACUGCAAACAGCUGGUCCCUAUCUACGACAAGCUCGGCGAGCACUUUGAGAACGACGAUGACGUCAUCAUUGCCAAAAUCGACGCCACCGCCAACGAACUGGAACACACCAAGAUCACGUCCUUCCCAACGAUCAAACUUUACAGCAAGGACAACCAGGUCCACGACUACAACGGCGAGAGGACACUGGCCGGCCUCACUAAGUUCGUUGAGACCGACGGUGAAGGCGCCGAGCCAGUACCUUCUGUGACCGAAUUCGAAGAGGAGGAAGAUGUGCCUGCCAGAGACGAGUUAUAAACACUUGGCCGCGGCGCCCUCUUAUGAGACUUCCAUAGAAUAGUACUGUAUAGUUAUAAUUAUUUACUUUUUAUACUUACAAAUAUCUGCAUUUUGUUCGCUAGACUGUUUGUUGAAUUGUUCUCUAAAUUGUGUUGAAGUUGUUUGUCUAUUGAUGUCGUUUCUCAACCUUUUACUACGUAAUUGAUACUAAAAUAUUCAAAGUUUGACUACGCCUCCUCUCGCUACCUUUUAGUUCUAAUUUAACAAAAAUCUAAGAUCCAAAUCGACUGCCGUUAAAUAUUUCGAAUGCGAAUCUUAUUUUAUGACACGUUGCGACGAAAGUUUGAGAAACGAUGGCAUAUUCUAUGGGUUGUUAGUUACAUACGCACUUGAUAAUUUAUGUCGAACAUUCGUACAACCAGUGACCAGAGAGAGAGAGAGUACACAUGAAACUGAUUAUCCGCUUCAUCUAUGGACACGGAUCUCGUGCGAACUGUUGAACUUAAUUUAAAUGCUGUUUCUGUUCGUGACUCCUUCGUGACGUCAGCGUCGUUAGUUGUAGCAGCUGUAUUUAUAAUUUCUGUAUCAUAAUGAUCGUCUUAACAUUCCUUAGUACAAAGAUUAGUUACAUCGAACAAGUACGUGUUUUAUACUCGUAGAUAAUAUUGGCGAUUAUUUUGUACUUCUUUUUAUAUUAUAACCAUCACAAGAAAUAGAUUAAGAUAAAUAAAAA